AGCGAAGGCGGGCUUGUGCUAGCUUCAAGCUUGUGCUCAUCACCUCGCCCUCAGCAAGCAUCGCAGGCCACUCCUCUCGCCACCGCCCAGGCCGCCUUUCUCGCCGUCCCCGACGACCCGCACACGCAGGUCUCUCGAUGGCCACUGCGUACGCACAGCCCACCAGCGCCCUCCAAUCGCCCCGCGAGCACUUCCUCCAGCCAAACACCCCGCCCCAGCCGCGCAAGCAUGCAUCCAGGCAGCGGUUCGCCCAAGAGUUCUCGCAGUGUCUCUACGACUUCGUCAUCCAGCUCCUGCCCACCGCCGAGGAGCUCGCCGUCAAGGAGGACGUGCGCAAGCUCCUCGAGCGACUGAUCCGUACUAUCGAGCCCGACAGCCGGCUGUUGCAGUUUGGGAGUACCGCUAAUGGAUUCAGUCUCAGGAACUCAGACAUGGACCUCUGCUGCCUGAUCGACUCUGAGGAACGCCUCGCCGCCACUGACCUGGUGAACAUGGCUGGCGAUCUCUUGGAGCGAGAAACCAAAUUUCAUGUCAAGCCCUUGCCUCACGCACGUAUACCGAUUGUGAAGCUCUCCCUUGAUCCCGCACCAGGUCUCCCGUAUGGAAUCGCGUGCGAUAUCGGGUUCGAGAAUAGACUCGCGCUAGAGAACACACGUUUGCUGAUGUGUUACGCGAUGAUUGAUCCGCCUCGCGUCCGAACAAUGGUCCUGUUCCUCAAAGUAUGGAGCAAACGACGGAAAAUCAACUCGCCCUACAAAGGCACCCUGUCAUCAUAUGGCUACGUCCUACUUGUAAUCUAUUUCCUUGUACAUGUCAAAAGCCCACCAGUGCUACCCAAUCUCCAAGUCAUGCCUCCCCUUCGGCCUAUAUCAAAGGAGGAAACCCAUUUAAAUGGUCAUAAUAUAUGGUUCUUUGAUGAUAUCGAGCUCCUACGACAGCGUUGGAAGUCGUCAAACACAGAUAGCGUUGCAGAGCUCCUCAUUGACUUCUUCAAGUUCUAUUCCCGCGAGUUCCAGUAUUCGCACGGUGUUGCAUCUAUUCGUGCUGGUCUGCUGACGAAGGAUAGCAAGGGCUGGGAGAGCGAGUACGAGAAGGGCAGCCCAAGAGAGCGCAACCGCUUAUGUAUAGAGGAUCCGUUUGAGGUUGACUACAACGUCUCACGAUGCGUGACGAAAGACGGUCUCUAUACUAUUCGUGGCGAGUUCAUGCGGGCAUCGCGUAUUCUCGCCACCCGGCCCGAUCGCGCUAUCGUCGCUCUCGCCCAGCUUUGCGAGGAGCGCAAAGAAGAGGAACUUGUGCACCCACUACCCAACAACGGCCUAUUCAUCCCGCCACGUCUAUCCCCCCUCCCGCCACAAGUUCCAUAUACCGUCAACAGCAGCCCGAUGCGACCUGCGCGUCUUCCUGUGGCUGACCAGGUCUCACCGUCAGAUACGAACCCAUCCAGCCCGUCAUCGCCCCCGACGGCGUCUUCGGGCCCAUCCUCGCCGCCCCAGCAACCGAAGGCUUCGCCCCCCGUCACCCUCCCGGUCCGUCUGGACCAGCUGGAACAUAUGGCUCCGAGGCGAGGAAAGUGGACCAGUCCUCCUCCGCCUGACGCACCUGAGGAAGACCGUUCUGCCUUCGAGAACCGCCUCGGGCAGAGCCUCUCGCUCGCUACCGCCCCAAGCCCUGCUCGGCACCCUGAGCACCCUCGACCGCCGCAUCCAACAUCCUCCAACGCGAGUGAAGCGUACACUGACGAUGACUCUCGGUCAGACAUCAGCAACUCCGACGAUGUGCGCUCAGUGCAAUCCUUCGUCGAGGAAGGUGCACCGAAACGGCGUCGUGAGAAGGACCGGGAAAGCGAGCGAGAGCCUACUGUGACACUUGAGCGUCAACAGCUGCGGCAGAUGCACACUUCCCCGAUCCCUUUCGCUGCUGAUCCGUCGAGCUCGCGAUCAACGCUGAGGCAAGAGGGCGGAAUGGAUCCCAGGAUGCUUGCCCGAAUACGCGGGCGGCCAGCCUUGCGACUCGCGCAGCAGCAAAGCGAGAUCAACGCAGCUGCUUACGUCGAUGCCCAGCGCGGCCAGAACUCUUUCACGCCUCCACCGCGCAUCGAGUCACCGCGACGGUCACUGUCGGGCCCGGCGCGGACAUCAUUCCCUCAACGACUGUCGCAAAUGGCUAUACCCAACUACAUACCCAACAAUAACAACAACAACCGAGCACCAUAUGUAUCCCUAGCGGACUACCAGUCCCCACAACAGCCGUCAUCCGCAUAUAUCCCCAAUGGCAACAUAUUCUACGAGACGACCCCCGCCAAGGAUAGGCUCUCCCGUGCUGUACCAUAUACUUUCAACAUGUCUCCUGUCUCUCCUAUAUCGCCUCAGCAGCACUUCGAGUUGAGGAACUACUACGAUUCUCCUAUCUCGUCGGGCGCCUCAUCUUCGCCCUCGUCCUCACCGCGACACAUGUCGACCGUGCCCCAGCAGAUGUCCUCCUCACAGAGACAGCCUGCCCCGAGGCACCUUCCCCCCUCUCUGCGGCGCAGCUCAAAGCUCGCCCAGCCUGCAGUGCUGACCCCGCCGCCCCGGUACGAGACGACGAUGCUCUCGCCGACGACGGUCACGUACUCGCACUCACAUACGCAUUCUUCUGCGACCAUCACGUCCGCGACCACGCCGCGGGCGCAUAUCCAGAGCUUUGCCAACGGCAACGGCCAGUCGCUCUCGCCGUCGCUCUCGCGCUCCCGCUCGCCGCACGGCGCGCCGGGCCAUCCACACUCCCGCCCGCACUCACGGCAGCAGCUCCCACCUCGGCUCGGGGGAGGCGGUGGCGUCAUGCGCCCGGCCUCGCCGUUUGCGUCGAUCUCAUCGGGGAGUGCGUCGCCGCCAAUGUCGUGCACGAGCUCGCUGUACGCGCCGUCGUGCUCGCCGCUGUCGACGUCGCCCCCGUCGCCGGCGCAGAGUGAUACGUUUGGCAAGCAGGCUGCGGCUGCUGUGCCCGCGCAUGCGCCGCUCGUGCUGGGACAUGAGCGGUUGCAGGCGAAGUGCCCUGAACAUGAAGAAUCGCCCCCGACUUCCCGGCCCAAGGAUGCAUUCGACACGGAUAGUCAUCGGUGUAAGGAGGAGGCAGCUCAGCAGCAAGUGGUCACCGUGUCCAAAAAGGAACAGCCGAAGCAAGAAGGGGCCGGACGCUAGCAGAGGUAGGGCUGUUCUGUGGCGUUGGAUUACACGCCCUCUCCGUGCUUGCUGCAGACCGCGGCGCUCUGUGCGAAGUCCGCGGGAGGUGGGACACUGCGCGAGUCUGUUUG